CAGGGUCCUCAGAGUGCGUCACAGAUGCAACCCCAUGGGUCCGUAGCCGGGGCCUUUCCGCCUCCACCGGGACCGCCAGGCGGCAUGCCGCCGCCGCCGCCGGGUCCUGCCGGGAGGCCAGGCAUGCCCCCGCCGCCGCCGCCACCUGGGGUACCUGGCAUGCCGGCCCCGGUCCCCGGCAUGCCAGGGAUGCCGCCUCCGCCCCCACCAGGAAUACCCGGUAAGGCACCGCCAGGACCGCCGGGGAUGCCCGGCAUGCCGCCGCCCCCACCAGGGAUGCCAGGAAUGCCGCCGCCGCCGCCCGGCGGCUUUCACACAGCCGGAGCACCGCCGCCACUUUCUGGUGGCCCGGGCCGGCACGGUAUGCAGCCGCCGCCGAUGGGCGGAUACGACCCCUACGCAGCGCAGGUGCGUUGCGUCGGGAUAGGAUUGGGCCUCUGUGCAGGGCAGCGACUGGCGGAGCAGUUUGAGUCCCUGACGGUGGGUCCUGCCGGCCCUGGGGCGAUGGCGCCGGACGGAGUGGACCCCGGCGCCUUGGCGCGGCCCGUCGGGGAGCAGCUUGCGCGGGCGCUCGCUCCGCAGCCCCCAGCGGACCCUGGCAACUGCAGCCCGGACAACAUGCGCAUGACCAUCAAUGCCAUACCCGUCAGCACGGCCCUGAAGACCAGGAUGGCGCUUCCCCUGGGUGUCAUUGUGCACCCCAUGGCGGAUGAGUUUCAUGGCCGCACUGUGCCGGUGGUGCAGCUCAGUAGCGCGGGCAUCGUGCGAUGCCGCCGUUGCCGCACCUACAUGAACCCAUUCAUUCAGUGGACGGAUGCAGGACGCAGGUUCAAGUGCAACGUGUGCAGCAUGCUGAACGAGAUUCCGGUGGAGUACUUCAGCAGCUUGGACCACAACGGCCGUCGUCGGGACGCGGACGAGCGCCCGGAGCUGUCCCAGGGUACCGUGGAGUACGUAGCGCCGGCGGACUACAUGGUCCGGGCGCCCAUGCCGCCGGUUUAUUUCUUCCUCAUCGACGUCUCUUACAGCGCCGUGGCUUCGGGCAUGGUGGCUACUGUCGCUGCCGCCAUCAAGUCUUGCUUGGACUCCCUGCCCGGGGAUGAACGCACGCUGGUGGGCUUCCUCACCUUCGACAGCUCGCUCCACUUCUACAACAUCAAGGCCAGUCUGAGCCAGCCCCAGAUGCUGGUCGUUACGGAGCUGGACGAUCCCUUCGUGCCGCUGCCUGACGACCUGCUGGUCAACUUGCGGGAGAGCCGUGCAGUGGUGGACGCGCUGUUGGAUGCGCUGCCCAACAACUUCACUGGCACGGCGCAGGUGGAGUGCAGCAUGGGGCCCGCACUGCAGGCUGCCUUCAUGGUAACCAGCCACAUCGGCGGCAAGCUGCUGCUCUUUCAGUCGUCCGUGCCGUCGCUGGGUGUGGGCAAGGUCAAGAACCGGGAUAACCCCAGCGCCUACGGCACGGAACGCGAGCCGGCGUUGCGCAAUCCGGACGACCCCUUCUUCAAGCGCUACGCCGCGGAGUGCUCGCGGGUGCAGAUCACGGUGGACGUGUUUGUCAUGUCCAUGCAGUACUGCGACUUGGCCAGCAUCGCUGCCAUCCCGCGAUACACAUGUGGAGAGCUGUACCACUACCCCGGCUUUAUGGCGCAGCGUGACGGUACCAAGCUGACCGCUGAGAUCUGCCACAACCUGACUCGCCCGACUGCCUGGGAGGCUGUCAUGCGCGUGCGCUGCUCCAAGGGGUUGCGGAUAUCCGCCUUCCACGGCCACUUCUUCAACCGCUCCACCGACCUGCUGGCGCUGCCCACGUGCGAUCCAGACAAGGCUUUCGCCGUGGAGAUCGCGCAUGAGGAGGGCGUGGUGCAGCCCGGCAUGGCGUAUGUCCAAUGCGCCCUGCUCUACACGAACUCCAAUGGCGAGCGCCGGAUCAGGGUACACACGAUGGCAGUGCCUGUGGUUUCGGAGCUGUCCGAUCUGUACAACAACACCGACGCGGGUGCCAUGUCGUGCAUGUUGGCCAAGCUAUCAGUGGAGAAGUACCUAUCCUCGCGGCUCGAUGAGACGCGGCAGUCGCUGCACUUGCGGCUGAGCGGCGCUCUCAAGGAGUUCCGGCUCAUGAACGCGAGUGCUGCAAUGCGGACGCCCAACAAGUUCAUCUUCCCGGAGACCUACAAGUACCUGCCAAUCUGGACGCUGGGCCUGAUGAAGUGCGCGGCGUUCAGGGGUGGCGCCAAGGACGUUAACUCGGACGAACGCAUUGCCGUGGGCCACUUCCUCAUGGCUGGUGGCGUGGACGCCGUCGCGCGGCUGGUGUACCCCGCGGCGUUUGCGCUGCACGAUCCUAACGGGCCCUGGGGCAUCGAGCAGCCGGACGGCUCCGUGCCCUUGCCGCCCACGGUGCCACUCACCAUGGCGGCGCUUGUUGACGGGGGUGCUUACUUGCUGGACACGGGCCGCCUGUUUGUGUUGUGGGUGGGCCGGGCAAUCUCGCCGCAGUGGUGCGUUGAGGUGUUCGGGACCGAUCCCAUGUCGCUGCCGCAGGACACGAGUGCCGUGUUGGUGGAGCCGGGGCGCGACGCCCCCAUGUCUAGACGCGUGAACGCUGUACUCCGCACGCUGCGCGCCAAGCGGCUACUGCACCAACAGGUCUUCGUGGUGCGCCAAGGUUCAGGGUUGGAUGCACACGUGUUGCCGUACUUCGUGGAGGACCGCAGCCCGUCGACGCAGUCAUACACCGAGUACAUGGUGGCUCUCCACAAGGCUGUCAUGGCUAAAUAAUGACGGCGCAAUUUGACGUGCCGGCUGUACAGGGAAAGCACGACGGAAGAUGUUCCUAGUUCGUGAUGCUGGCGCAGACUGAUGCAUCCACGUUACAGUUCGUACGUGUAGUAGAGUUUAUCAGGUGUGGGAUGGGGCGGCAAUAGGAGGCGCGGGUUGCGCGAGUAAACGACAAUCCUCUUAUCAAGGGCGUCCAUUAGUGAUGUAUGCAGGCCGUGUCGCCCUUCAUUAGAGGCCUCUGCAGGUUGAGCUCCGCUUGGCAACCUCACGAUUGUGGAGGUGAUGUGGUGCGUGAUUUGCAGGGGACGAAAGACUAUCGAACGAUUUUUGUGUUUGGACGGGGAGAAAAAGCGGGUUGUGGGGGCUGGUGUGUUUCUACAAUGCAACACUAUGUAAGAAUGUAUCUUCAGUCUGUUUUUAACAUCGGUGUACGC